AUGGAAUGGUCAAAUGACGAAGUAAUAGAGUUUUUGCAACUAUAUGAAGGAUAUCCACAAAUUUGGAACCCACGCCAUCCGAGUCAUAAAAACAGAAACUUAGUUCAUGAUGCGUGGAAGGAGAUAGAAAAUAAAUUAAGUGUCAAAACUGACAUUACAGAAAUAAAAAAAAAAAAGAUUCUCUUAUGGCUACUUAUAGAAAACUUUUAA